UUGUGAACGUGGGAACGUUUGUGGGCUGCUGCUGGGCUGGUGGAGUGAAAAUUGUUUGACAGGGAGGUGAGGGGGGAACCUGUGCACAGGGGCUGAAAGGAGAAGUAAGUUUUUCUAGCGUGUCGGUGCGCAGUUCCCGAGUCAGCGGGGAAAGCAGACUUUGAGAGCGACAAAUGAUUUGUACGAGUCUCAGCAACAGGGCGCAGAGCGAAAUGUCAGGGAUUGUUUCAGCCUUGAGCGAAAGCAAGCGCGACUAGUACACCGCAACGCGGAAAAUAUUCAGGGGGGAGAGAAUGCGAAUGGUGCGAAGAUACCGAAAUCAAACAAAAUGGGAACGAUGUAGCGUCGCUGCGGCAUUUCAUAUAGAUAGAACUAACGUUAGAGUAGAGAAUAGAUAGCUAAGGAGCUAGCAGGUUAACUAACAUACAUGUAAAGUUAUUCCCCGGAGAAGCUGAAGCGGAGCCUGGAGGCGUCUGUUGAAUCAGAAGAGUUCAUCAGUGUUGCGAAAUCAAAUAAGAUAAACAAGAAGAUGCUACGGAGAAGACUGAAUCGUUUGCUUGGCGGUGAUGAGAGAAGAGUGGACAGUAGGACUAUCUAUGUCGGUCAUCGGUCAGGCUCCCCCAAUGAGGCUAUCAUCCCACCCAAGUUCUGUGACAACAGGAUUGUGUCCUCCAAGUAUACAGUUUGGAACUUUCUACCAAAGAACCUGUUUGAACAGUUUAGAAGAAUUGCCAAUUUCUACUUCCUUAUCAUCUUCCUGGUGCAGGUGAUAGUGGACACUCCCACCAGCCCAGUCACCAGUGGCCUACCCUUAUUUUUUGUGAUCACAGUAACGGCUAUUAAGCAGGGCUAUGAGGACUGGCUACGGCACAAAGCUGACAAUGAGGUGAAUAAGUACCCAGUGACAGUGCUGGAGGACGGCCGGAGGAUACGGAAGGAGAGUGAGAAGAUCAAGGUUGGAGAUGUUGUGGAGGUGGAGGAAGAUGAGACCUUUCCCUGUGAUUUGAUACUGCUGCAGUCCAGCCGAGAUGACGACACAUGCUUCGUUACCACAGCAAGUCUGGAUGGAGAGUCCAACCAUAAAACACACUACACGGUGCCAGACACGGAGAGGGAUCUGGAAUCUCUCAACGCCACCAUUGAGUGUGAACAGCCACAGCCUGACCUUUACAAGUUUGUCGGUCGUAUGCACAUCUACACAAACAAUCAGGAGCCUGCAGUGAGGUCUUUGGGCCCAGAAAACCUACUGCUGAAAGGGGCAACUUUAAAGAACACUCAGAAAAUCUGUGGUGUUGCAGUUUACACUGGCAUGGAGACAAAGAUGGCUCUCAACUACCAGGGCAAGUCUCAGAAACGCUCUGCUGUGGAGAAGUCUAUCAAUGCCUUCCUUCUUGUUUACCUUUGCAUAUUGGUGAGCAAGGCCCUAGUAUGCACUACCCUUAAAUACGUGUGGCAGAGCAAACCCGGACAGGAUGAGCCUUGGUACAAUGAGAAAACCCAGAGGGAGAAGGACACCAAUCUGUACAUAAAGAUGUUCACUGAUUUCCUGUCCUUUAUGGUGCUUUUCAACUUCAUCAUUCCGGUGUCCAUGUAUGUGACGGUAGAGAUGCAGAAGUUUCUGGGAUCCUUUUUCAUCACAUGGGACAAGGAUUUCUUUGACCCUGAAAUCAAGGAGGGGGCACUGGUCAACACUUCAGACCUCAAUGAGGAGCUGGGACAGGUGGAGUAUGUCUUCACGGACAAGACAGGCACCCUCACUCAGAAUAACAUGGAAUUCAUCGAGUGCUGCAUUGACGGCUUCCAGUACAAGUACCGCGACGCAAGCUCAGAGCUGGACGGAUUCUGCGUCACAGAUGGACCUGUGAACAAACUACAGCAGAAAGCUGGCAGGGAGAGGGAAGAGCUGUUUCUGCGUGCCCUCUGUCUGUGCCACACAGUCCAGGUAAAGGAGUCUACAGAGCAGAGUCAAGGCCAAGGGGACGGACUGACAGACCAGGUGGAUGGCUUAGGGGUGGAUGGAGAGGUGGUGCCUCCACCGGAGGAGCAGAGAGGCUUUAUAGCCUCUUCACCUGAUGAGGUUGCUUUGGUCAAGGGUGCCAUGAGGUAUGGCUUCACAUUUCUAGGCCUUGAAAGUAAAACCAUGAAAAUUCUCAACAGGAACAAUGAUGUUGAAAUGUAUGAACUCCUUCACGUGUUGAACUUUGACCCAGUGAGAAGGCGAAUGAGUGUAAUAGUCAGAUCCAGAUCAGGUGAUACACUGCUCUUCUGUAAGGGAGCGGACUCCUCCAUCUUCCCCCGUGUCAGACAGGAAGAGGUCGAAAGGAUACGCAUGCAUGUGGAGCGUAAUGCAACAGAGGGCUAUCGGACACUGUGCGUGGCCUACAAACAUCUCAGUGCAGAGGAGUAUGCCCAGGCAGAUAAAGGAUUGAGGGAAGCAAGACUGGCUCUGCAGGACAGAGAAGAGAAGCUCAUGGCUGUUUACAACCAAGUGGAGACUGGCAUGAGUCUGAUAGGAGCUACUGCCGUUGAAGAUCGGCUCCAGGAGGAGGCAGCAGAGACCAUGGAAGCUCUGCAAGGGGCAGGCAUUAAAAUAUGGGUCCUAACAGGGGACAAGAUGGAGACAGCCAAAUCCACCUGCUAUGCUUGUAGGUUGUUCCAGAGAAAUACGGAGCUGCUGGAGCUAACGGUGCGCACUCUGGAGGAUGGAGGGAGGAGGCGUGAGGAGCGACUGCAUGAGCUCUUGAUCGAAUAUCACAAGAAAGCUGUGCAGGACGCACCACCAGUUAAGGCAGGCGUCACCAGGAGCUGGUCUUCGGCAAACCAAGACUACGGUUUCAUAAUAGAUGGAGCCACCCUGUCGAUGGUGCUCAACACCUCCUCCGAAUCCAACUCAAGUCGAUACAAGAACCUGUUCCUGCAGAUUUGUCAAAACUGCACCACUGUGCUCUGCUGCCGCAUGGCUCCUCUACAAAAGGCACAGAUAGUCAAAAUGGUAAAGAACUCUAAAGGCAGCCCCAUCACUCUGUCCAUUGGAGAUGGUGCCAAUGACGUCAGCAUGAUUUUGGAAGCUCAUGUUGGAAUUGGCAUUAAAGGCAAAGAGGGUCGACAAGCAGUGAGGAACAGUGAUUAUGCCAUCCCCAAACUUAAGCACCUCAAGAAACUUUUGUUGGCUCAUGGGCAUCUCUACUAUGUUCGCAUUGCACACCUGGUGCAGUAUUUCUUCUACAAGAACCUUUGCUUCAUCUUACCUCAGUUUUUGUACCAGUUCUUCUGCGGCUAUUCCCAGCAACCCCUGUAUGACGCGGCCUAUCUGACGAUGUACAACAUCUGCUUCACCUCUAUGCCCAUCCUGGCUUACAGCCUCUUGGAGCAGCACAUCUGCAUUGAGAUUCUGCUGGACAAUGCUACCCUCUACAGAGAGAUUGCUAAGAAUGCCAUGUUACGGUGGGGACCCUUCCUCUACUGGACAUUGUUGGGAGUCUUCCAUGGCUUGCUCUUCUUCUUUGGUGUUCGGUACCUGUUCAGUAACCCAGCACUGCAGGACAAUGGCCAGGUUUUUGGGAACUGGUCAUAUGGAACAAUUGUCUUCACUGUCCUUGUCUUCACUGUCACACUAAAGCUUGCUCUGGACACACGGCACUGGACGUGGAUCAACCACUUUGUAAUCUGGGGAUCCCUGGCUUUCUACGUGUUUUUCAGCUUCUUCUGGGGAGGAAUAAUAUGGCCUUUCCUGAGGCAGCAGCGUUUGUACUUUGUGUUUGCCAACAUGCUGAGCUCUGUGUCAGCCUGGCUGGUCAUCAUCCUGCUCAUCCUGCUCAGCCUACUGCCAGAGAUCCUGCUUGUGGUGUUCCGCAAGCCCCGCGGCCCCCACGCACGACAGAAGCGAGUUCAGUCGAGCGUGGGGGGUUGCCAGUCUCCCCGGUCUUCAGCCAGACCCCUGCUCAUGAGAACCUUUUCAGAUGAGUCCAAUACUGCAAUUUAAGCAGCUGUCAGAGGACGGCCUCCUACAAACAUCCAGAUUGCAGCUGUCACACCACUGUCCUACAAGCACCUGAAGGAGCGUGACUAAAAGGCAGCAAGGACUCACAACAACGGUGGCAUCAGCCACAUUCAGGAUCCCGUGCUAGUUGGGUCAAAGCAGAUGUGAAAGGAAGAGAAAAAGAAGAAGAGGAGGAAAAAAAAUCAGAAGAAAAAGGGAGAUGAUGCUCACUGGGGGGGAGGGAUGAAAGGGGAUUUAGCAGUCUUUUGACUUUUGUCUUUCUGCUCCAUCCCUCUCUGCUCAAUUCCAGUAGCUCCUAUCCCCCCACGCAUGCCUGCAGAGCAGUGCCCUGCAUUAUUUUUUAAAAUAUCUAUUCAGAUGACAGGCAUGAGUUUUCUUUCUUUUACUUCUUCUUUUUUAAUUUUAAUAUUAGCUUACAAAUGAAUGCAUACACGGCUGCCUUGUCAGUAGCUCUAUCCAACUGCUGUGUUUUAACAAGCAGUUGUAAUAUCCACUCCAGAAUGGUUCACCUGCAUGAAAGAAGGCUCGAGAGAACGCUUUACUCCACUGAUGUUCAGUCACUGUUCUGCAAAGAUUUUAUGAAGACGUGAUGAUCCCAUUCUCAGUGAAUACACUUUAAAAGUUUAUUCUACUUUACAAUUUACAAUGCUUUUCAACAGUUUUUUCUUUAAAUGGUUAUUAUAUGUUUGAGAAAACACACUCAUCCACAGGUUUAAAUCAUUCAAAAUGAAAAGUUACUGAAUGUGAUUUCAAUCCAGCUCAGAGCUGCAAACCGACUGUUAGAACGGUUUUCUGGUUCAUAGAUUAUGUAAUGAUUUGUUUCCAACAGUGAAUCUACAGCCUCUAUUCAGUACCAAGUUAUAAGAGGAGUUAAUGGAGACCAUAUUACCACUCAAUCCAAAAGUGUGUGUGUGUGUGUGUAUGCAAGACUGAGAGAUAGAUUAGAGAUAUGAAACAUAUGAAACACUGCUUGGAGCAUGACCUAAAUCUUCCAACCUCAAAGAUAAUUUAAGAGAGUCCAAUUAAGAUGAGAAAAUUAAUAUAUGUGAUGUUCUGUAUAUAGCUUAGAGAUGUAUGAACGCAUCUGCUCAAAGCCAAAAAGACGAAGGUAAUGCGAUGUGAUUCUGUCCACACUCAAGUGUGACCUGAACGUGACAAAUCGGUGUGCGUGCGUAUGUGUGUGUCUGUGUGUUAACAUAAGUACGUGCAACCUGUACUGGAUGAGAGAAGCCAGAAAUGCCUGUGUGUAAUGACAACCGGGAAUACUUGAACCUCAUUGAUGUAGUUCAGUCAGACAUUUCCUGCACUAUUAAGGAAGAUUUCUUCUUUGCAUAGGUGGUCACUAAAGGCACAUGAAUACAUGCCUGAGCAUACACACGCACAUAUCUGAUAGGUGAGAAUAUUACACACGCACACGGUAAUCACACACGUUGUACACAUUAAUGCACAAAUGCACUAAAGCCUAAAUGAGGUAUUUAUGUUCAUCACCCAUUAUCUAGUUUGCAUUAUUUGUCUCAGUCAGGCUGAAAUUUGAGUGUAAAGAAAAUCAGCUCCAGACCUGCAGAGUCAACAUAGUUAAUGCUACUGUGGGGGUCCACGCUCCAUGUCCCUCUGUUUUUGGUCAAAUCUGCUGACUUACAGGAUGAGAGAGCGGACUGUUUGGCCUUUUUUGUUACUUCCUUUAACUUCUUGUGUGUAGUGCUUCAUACAUUCCAUGUAAACAUGCCAUGAUUUCGAACACUUUAAGAUACUGUUUUGGAAUAUUUUUUCUCUGUGUCUUUUUCCCCCCCUCACAAACAUGUAUUGUCUAUUUGGCAUAUUUAUUGUUUACUCACAAAUGUUAUAUUUUUAUUACAUGAAUCUUUUUUAUUGUGAAGAGUGGUCAGCUUUGUGCCAGUUGAGUUAGCCUGUGUUACUUCAGCCCUGAUGUGAGCCCGUGCCAAUCUCAUUUGAUCGUCUUUGUCAUGUAUACAAAGACAGGCAGCCCCCCCAAACACACUCCCAACAUCCCCAAAUCGACCUCUGAAGCAACGCCACUCCUGUUGCCAGGUGAUCUGACUCCUGGUUUAAACUGAUGAGCACCUGUGUCACUAAUUGUUUGUAUUUUGUGUUACAGCCAACGGUUAUAGAAUCUGUCUGUAUGGUGAUUUUACUAGUUCACUGAUCUCUACUGAUCUCUACUUAAACAUAAACUCCAGUACAAAUACUUUUUAGUACUAGCCUUGUAUUUCACCACACUUACUGUAGCCAGUCAUAUUUGAUACAGUGCAUCUGCAGAAUAAGGUAAAAUUGAGUUGUUCUUAACAAAUGGAAAAAUUUACACACCUUUCAGCGUCAUUUUCUACUUAGACAGUCUGUUUUUCUGAUGUUAGCAUUGCGCAGGAGGCUGUUGAUUACUCUGUGACAUGUCACCUCCAGACUGCACUGUGCCGGAGACACUGGAUGUUAAGAGGGACACGCUGAGAGGGGCUGCCUGCUUUGUUUUAUGAAAAACCUUUAAGUGACAUCAAAGAUGCUAUUUUCUUCAAAUCUAAUGUUUUGCCUGUCUAAUGAAAAGUAUAAAAGAAUGGAUUGUAUUUUUAAUGCAACCUUUUUCCAGCCACUUUUGUAAGAAAAUCAAAAUGUCCAAAAAAAAGCACGAGAGGCUCGGUGGUUGUGGACGCUGUCCCUGUCUGUGGGGAGGAGGGGUGGUGGUGGUGGUGGUGGUGGUGAAGGUAGACACCUUCAGGCACCUCAGCAGCCGCUGCGUCACACAGCAGAGACACCUCGCCACCUCCAGCCCUUUGGGUCUCCAGCCUCAACACUUCAAACCUCCAAGCUGAAUGUACCUCUUUGAAACUAGUAUAUUCAAAACCUGAAGAUUUUCUGUAAUAAAGCAGAAUGUUUUGAAGAUAAA